AUGGGAAAGCUUUUGUGUGAUUCGACGACGACAUUUCAAUCUCCUUCACCUACCGUUCCGUGGAGGGAACCGGCGACAGCCGCCGUGUCUCUCGAUGACGUGGAUCUUGUUGACCAAUCCGCGGCGGCUGCAGCUGUUGAAGCGGUGGAGAAGACGAUGGCGGCCGCAACCACCACUGCAUGGGAUGAGGUUUUCGGUUUAGAGGAGCAGCAGAGACGGCACCUCCAGCUGCUUCACGCGAAAGGGGUUCUGUGGAAGCAUCCCGGGAAAGAAGAGGAAUCCUCCGCGCCCGUCGUUUUCCGUCUCUCCCACGGCGGAGAGGUCUCAUCGGACGGGAACUGCCUAUUCACAGCGUCCCAGAAGGCCAUGGAGGCGCGUGGGAUCGACGCGCGUGACCUCCGGCGGCGCACGGUGCGGAGGUUCCUUGAGGAUUUCGGAUCCGCGAGCGAGGAAGAAAAGGAGGUAAUCACGGAGGCGAUUAGGCAUAUGUAUUCGCCGGAUCUGAAAACCGGGUGGGGGAUUCAUAUCGUCCAGGAAGAGAAAUUGCUCGCCAAAAAAGAUGAGCGUGAGAGUUUGGAUUCCGCCAUUGAAGAGCUUUUGCAGAUUGGAAUGCAGAGAGAAACAGCUGCAGAGUCGAUCUACAGAGAGAGGUGUCUCCCGGUGAACGACGGGCUUAGCUGGGCAAAGUACAUGUCGAUAUCAGGGUCGUCAGAAGAUGAGCAUGAUAUCAUCACCUUACAGUAUACAGAAGAUGGUUUGUUAUCUGUAGAUGAGAACAGAGACGGACAUGCAGCUGCUUUUGGGGAUGACAUUGCAAUUGAAUGUCUUGCCACAGAAUUCAAACGAGAAAUCUAUGUGGUGCAAGCGCAUGGAUCAGAUGGGAUGGUAGAGGAAGAGAACUGUGUGUUCUUCCUUCCUCACAAACCAAGAAGUGAAGUCAUUGAAUUCCCAGUCUUUCUAUUCAUGAAAGGGACAGGUUGGUGUGGUGGUGGAGCAGAUCAUUACGAGCCUUUGAUUGCGAAUCCAUCUCCGAUGAUAUCCCAUGAGAAAGUCGCCCUCGUUCUCUGA